ACCCUCCUUCAACCCUUAUACAACAUUGACGAAAGCCAUGAAAGCAAAUCUUCGCUCAAGAGCUAUGGCUUCUUCUAGCUCUUUCUCCUCCAGAAAUCUCAUUUCCCUCUUCAAUAGAACUCCCAAAGUGACACCAGUGGACUUCUUCAAUCACCGCUAUUCAGCUUUCUUCUCCACUCACAUUGUUGGGGACUCACCGAUUCUCGUUAGAGAUUUUAUUCACAAGGCACUGUAUGAUCCCAAGCACGGGUACUUCUCUCAGAGGUCUGAUUCAGUUGGAGUUCUUGACAGAAGCAUUAAAUUCAAUCAACUUGAAGGCAGGAAAGUUUAUAUGAAGCAUUUGGAUAGAAUUUACAAGCAAAGUGGCAUUUCAUGGUUUACACCAGUGGAGCUUUUUAAGCCUUGGUAUGGUCAUGGAAUUGCAGAAGCUAUUUUGCGAACAGCUAAUCUAUCUGUUCCACUAAAAAUAUAUGAAAUAGGUGGAGGCUCAGGCACCUGUGCAAAGGGAAUUUUGGAUUACAUAAAGUUGAAUGCGCCUACAAGAGUUUAUGAGCAUAUGACGUACACCUCAGUUGAAAUUAGUACGGCACUUGCUGCAAAGCAGAUUCAAACUGUUGGAGAAGUUCAUAGUCAUGCAUCCAAGUUCAAAGUCGAGUGUCGUGAUGCUGCUGACCGGAGUGGGUGGGGGGAAGUAAACAACCAACCUUGUUGGGUUAUCAUGCUUGAGGUCCUUGACAAUCUUCCACAUGAUCUUAUCUAUUCCGAAAAUCAAACAUCACCGUGGAUGGAAGUAUGGGUUGAGAGGCAACCACAAAGGUCAGAACUUUCUGAGUUGUAUAGGCCUGUCCAGGAUCCAUUAAUCACAAGUUGUAUGGAAAUCAUAGAUAUGAAGGGUGAUGGUUUAAGUAAUAGCAGCAAACUGACUUCAAUGGCGAAAAAGGCUUGGGCAAAAGUAUUUCCCAGGCCUAGAAGAUGUUGGCUUCCGACUGGCUGUUUGAAACUUCUAGAAGUUUUACAUGGAGCUUUACCAAAGAUGUCUUUAAUUGCUUCCGAUUUCAGUUUUCUCCCUGAUGUUAGAAUUCCCGGUGAAAGAGCUCCACUGGUUUCAACUAAGAGAGACGGAAGCAGUUCAGAUUACAACAGUUAUUUGGAAGCAAAGGGGGAUGCUGAUAUAUUUUUUCCAACCGAUUUUUGGCUCUUGGAAUGCAUGGACCAUUAUUGCUCUGGAUGGAUGAAGCAGCAACAAGAUAUAUCAACCAAGCUGGGGAAGAAAAGACGCACAUUAACGCUUGACACAUCAGCUUUCAUGGAAGAAUUUGGCCUUCCCUCGAAGACAAGAACCAGAGAUGGGUACAACCCUCUACUAGAUGACUUCAAGAACACUAAAUUUUAUCUUAGUGUUCCUACACACAAUAUAAAGUAGAGGAGCUGCCCAUUACUUCUUGAGGAUAUGGAUUCAGGUAUUAUCAUGCUUAUGUAGCUUGCAAUUCGAGAAAAUACAUGUCUGAGCUGAAUUGAGAGAUAAAAACCUUUUUUCUUUUUGGAUGACAAGGGUAACCCUAGGGGGUGUACCUGCACUAUUGAACUUGUGACCAUGUAAGAGAAUCGUGUUCCACUCACUCAGCUCGGCAACCCCUUUCAAGGCGAGAGAUAAAUAUUUAGUGCUUGAACACUUGCAAAUCUCAUGUGGCACCUGGUUGCACUCUCAUGUGGAAAUGGGUGAGUUUGAUCCUUAGUGGAGGCAAUAUUGACUCUUUGUGCUUCAGUAGGUUGAGAAAGUAGUUAUGAACAGAUACUGCAUUGUAACAAAGUCAGUAGUACAAAAAAAAAACACUUGCAAAUCUCAUUAACACACAAUGUCUUAUUUUACAUUGGAUACAAUAUAUCUGAUGCA